ACGGGAAGAGGCCCGGGCGGGCUCUGCUUUCCUUAUACGAUGAUUGGUCGAGGCGCGUCACGUGCUGGGGGCGGGAGCUGAAAAAGUGUCUCGCUGACCCGAAGGAAGACUGAGUCUCCCCGGCUUGCCUUGAGGCGGGUAUUGCCGAGAGGCGGGUUGGCUGCGCCGCGGUAGGUGGGAGAUAUAUGGGGGGGGGGGUCCUGAGGGGAGGCUGGGGAGGCCCUUUGCCCUGAGGGGGUCGGGGGGGGGCGGCUGAGGGUCGAGCUGUCUCCCUGAGGCAGCGAAGGGGCGCCUCGCCUGCCAUACCUUGCACGUAGAAAGCUAGCAUGUAAGGCAACCAAGCUCGAACCCCCUUUCCUAAUGUUUUCCAAGACGGUUAGUCGUGUUGCAUCAGAAGCAGUGUGUGUGUGUGUGGUUAUAGUGCGGUAUAUAAAUUCAAUUAAUAUUAUUAUUAUCAUUAUCAUUAUCAUUAUUAUAUGGGACCUUGAAGGUGGACACAUUACGGACCACUGAGUAUUUUUUCGAACCCACGAAAUAAAGCUUUCUAUAUACUUGCCAGGACUCUUGUUGUUUGUCCUUGCCAGGAUGCUAGAUUUCUCCCUGCCCACAACUUCCCUUGGCAGCGCCCAUGCAUUGUCUAAAGUGGCACAGCUCAGGUGUGAGUUUACCAGUUCGGUGAGCGCUAGGCCUCGGAUGUUGCUGAGCUGCAAGCUUGAUGUACUAAUGAAACUUCAGCAAGAACUAGCCCCAUGUAUGAUCCUCUAACCUGGGCCUUGCCAGUGUUACUAUCCAAGGCCCUCCUCUGAGGGAGGUGUGGAGGGUGGUGAUAUGAGAACAGGCCUUCUCAGCAGUGGCUGCCUGCCUAUAGGAUGUGCUCCCCAGGGAGACAUGCCUGGCGCCAUCACUAUCUGUGUUUAGGCGUUGAGCAAAAACGUUCUCGUUCACCUAGAUUUAAGGGGAUCAAGUGGUAAUGGAAGUGAUUAGGGUGCCUUUGGAGCUAAAGGGCAGGUUUAAAUGUAGACAAAGGCAGACAGAUAAGCAUUGAAUCUAUUCAGUCAAACAACUUUCCCCAGACCCCUGCUGCAGACUACAUCACGCCCUUUCCCUUUGCUCAUACACACAAGUUCAUGUUAGUUCCUAAACUGUCCAUGAAGCUGUAUAGAGGAACUCAUUGUGUGAUGCAGCAGUUGUCACCAAACUCCCAGGAACAGGAGUUGGCAAUGCCAUGUUAGCUUUUGUGUAGCUCCGUGUUGUCAGGAAAAGAAUAUGAGGAGAAAUAGAGUAGAAACUCUGGCAGGGAAGCUUACAGGUUAUUCCUGGAAUGUAGGAAGCAAGGAGAAGAUACUCAAAUGUCACAAAAUGUAAUGUGUUAUUUUUUUCCCUUCUCUGCUUAGGAACAGGGAACUAGAGGAAAGGCUUGUCCACCUGCCUCAGCUGGAAUAGUUCCUAAAGUUCCUAAUGCCACUGCCAGUGGCUCUGCAGUCCCGCCUGGCCAGGCGAGGGCUCUUGAAGCAUGUAGAGCCUGGUAAGUAUAGAGGUAUCCUUGGUUAGUUAGAGCAGGGGUCAGGAACCUUUUUCAUCCAUGGGCCGGUCCACUGUCCCUCAGACCUUGUGGGGGGCUGGACUAUUUUUUUGGGGUGGGGGAAAUGAACGAAUUCGUAUGCCCCACAAAUAACCCAGAGAUGCAUUUUAAAUAAACACACACAUUCUACUCAUGUAAAAACACGCUGAUUCCUAGACCGUCCAUGGGCCGGAUUGAGAAGGCGAUUGGGCCACAUCCGGCCCAUGAGCCUUAGGUUGCCUAUCCCUGAGCUAGAGGAUGCUUGUUUAGGCUUUGCAUAAAGGAACAGAACAGAACAGAACAGUUCAUCUCAAAUAAUCUGGCUCAUGAGGCUUUACUACAUCUUGCCCACAUAUUUUUUCCAAGCCUAAUCCCGUUUUCUUCGGGACCUCUCUUCUGUCAGAGCCAGAGGAAGAAAUUAUCGCAGAAGAUUAUGAUGACGACCACAUCGAUUACGAAGCUACCAGGAUUGAGAACCUGCCACCGAACUGGUACAAAGUCAUCGACCCUGCCUGGUAAGAGGUGUGGUGGGGAAUCUCAGGUUCAGAGCUUGAAUAUGGCUCUCCAAGUCAUGCCUCUGCCUCCCCAAGCUACACUCCUCCCCAGCCCUUAUGCCUGUAACGUUGCCUCCUCCUUGCCUCUAGCCUGUCCGCUACUGCUUACUACCCCAGGAAGGUUGUCAGUGAAAAAGGUUCCCCACCUCUUGAUAAGAGGAUAGCAUGUCUUCAGCGGUGUUAGAAACUGAGAUAUGACAGCUAGGAGGCAAACAGUACCUUAAGCCAAGGUUAUGGGUACAGCAACGGAAUGUCCAGGCAUGCUUUUUUAUAACAAGAAUACAAAGCUGAAAAUGAACGAACUGCAGCUAAAAUAUUAUGUUCAUUUUUCUCAUGGUCUAGUCCUUUCCCUGCCCACCCACACCCCGUAUAUUCUUAAGAGGGUCUCUUCUCCAGUCUUCAGAGAGUAGCUGGAAGUGCGGAGGUAGAAAAAGGUCCUCCUUUCCUUCCACUCUGCAGUUUUAAUCUGAAAUCUUAGGCACUCUUAGGUGCAGUACUGCGCCCAGAGCUCAGAAACUGCUUGCGCUAAUGUGCCUAGAGCAAUGGGAGUUUCGAACUCCCAGCACUAGUCAAGCUGUUAUAUCCUACUAGCCUUGUAAUGGUGGUGUGAGAUUAUAGUUAAUAGUUCUCAAUUAUGGUUUCAGCUUUCAAGUGUGUGGUGGAAAAAAUGAAUCUGUUAAUCUCAUACUCAUGAUGACUUAAUAUUUAUAAAAUUUAUAUACUGCCCUUCAUCCAUAGAUCUCAGGGAGGUUCGCAGAAUAAAAAUACAAGAUAAAAAUACAAAAUACAUAACGAAGAAAAGAACAACAAACACACACAAACAAAACCUCCCCCCAAAUAAUAAAUCAACAAAUAAGUUACAAGCGAACAAACAGAAAGCACAACAGUGUCUGGGAGUCCCAUUUACUGCAGAGUUAUUGAAGCUAAAUGGGCCCAUCAGUGCCUGGAAGGAAGACAAUUAAGAAUCCAUUUAAUUUGUUCAGAAAGGGGUUGGUGGGUGAGAAGCAAGCCAGGAUAUUUAUUUAGUUAAUUUAACUGAAACCCUAGCUUCAGUAGCUUCUUUUGUCUAGGGACACAACAGGAGUGUGUGUCCUGGUAAAUGAGAGUAGUUGACUCUCCUGUUCCUGAGAUUCUCUGAAGCGAGUGCCAGUGGCCUAUGAAAUCCUCAAGACAGGCAUGAGGAGGCUGUUGGGAUUGCAAUUCUGAUUAGCCUUCAUGGCAAAGGUGGCUGGGGCUGAUGGGAGUUGAAGCCAAGUAACAUCUGGAGGGCAAUAGGUUCCUCAUCCCUAUGGGGACAAAACAAAGAGCAGGGUGGCUUAUUCAUGGUUUGGUAAUGCAGGCAUUGGUUAUGAAUGGCAAUGGAUGAAACCAUCUCUCGUCUUCUUUCAUAGCGGCCUCCCUUACUAUUGGAACGUAAAGACGGAUCUGGUUUCGUGGCUGUCGCCCAAUGAUCCUAGCUCAGUGGUGACCAAAGCAGCUAAGAAACUGAAGAGCAAUUUAGGUGAGGCUGCCUGCCUUUGCUUUUGGAUUGCAUGUGCUGAUUUUGAAUGAUGUGGAGGUGAAGCUAAGGGGGAAAGGUUUGGGUCUAGCCUUGUGGAAGAGGGAGAAAAACCCUGGUCCUAUGCGAUCUGAUAUUUGGUUGCUGGGGUUAAUGUACUGUAUGUCUGAUAUUAUCAAGCAUAUUUUACAUUUCUUAUCUGCGUUGAGCCAUAGGGAUAUGGUGGACUGUAGUUGUGUUCUAUGUUGUAAAUCAAGCACUGCUAGGAGUUGUUUCUUUUUGUUUUCCAAUGUAUUUCUUAUCAAUUAAAAAAUUGGUGUGGCACGAGCAAAUUUUUAUUCUGAAAGUGUUGCCCAGAGAAAAAAGUUUGAGAACCACCGAGUUAAUCUCUGCACCAGCAGAUAGCACUUUAUCUCUAAGACAUGAAAAACUUGAUCUGCUGAUCUCUGCACAUUAAGUUGCAGUUAAAGACACAGGAGCAAGCCAAGCUGACUUUCGUGAUCAGUUGGCAACUCCAUAAAUCUAGUGUCUAAGAGAGUGCAGGGAGAGGGGAUUUCUGCUUUGAUAGUAAUGUGUUUUUGGAAGGCAGCUGAUGAGGACUGUUAAGUGGAUUUUGGAGCUCUGGGCUGGUUUUGGGUGGCCUAGCUCAGCACAUCCUGACUUAAUCCACCUUCCAGAGAUUUCUUAGAUGUGGCAAAUGACAAUUUUGAUACUUGCUGGAGAAUUCUUGAAGCCCAGCGACAAAUGUAGCUGUGACUUUACCAUGUAGAAAAUGUCCAGGUCUGGGCCGAGGGGAGGCUAUAUUUGAGUAUGGCAAUGCAAGCUUCAUAAAUUUCCUCCAGAUGCCGAGGAGAAAAUGGAGCACUCGUUGCAUGAGAAGGUGGAGCGGGAAGAGCUGAAGGAGCGCCGCUACCACAGACGGGAGGAGCUGGCCCCCUACCCCAGGAGCAAGAAGCGUAAGGGCCACUCCCCACCGUGGGACCCUGACAUCAGAAGGAUUUCCCAAGGGCUUGAGGGAGGGCUUCUGGGAUCCAUUUGCCAAUGGGGAAGGGGGAGCAUGGGAAGUGUGGGCGGUGGCCAAACUCCUGCAUUCCUCUUGUCUGUCUUCCACAGCAAGCCGGAAGGAUGAAGAACUUGACCCCAUGGACCCCAGCGCUUACUCGGAUGCUCCCCGGUGAGUCUGCUCAGAAUGGGAGGGUGGGGAGCUCAGCAGAGCAGCGCCAGGAGAUGCCCCUUAAGUUGGGCACAGCAGCUGAACCGCUCCCUCCCCCCACGAAGGUAGACUGGGGCACCACAGGCAUGGGCAGAGGUCUCUGGUUCACUGGCAGAGCUUGUGCUUUGCAAGCUGGAGGUCUUGGAUUCAGCCUUCAGCGCCAGGGCGUGUUGAAUUUUUCAGCUAUCAAAUUCGAAAAGCGAAGGGUGCUAAAAAGCUGUAACAUGGCUUGGGAAGUCAAGAGGUAUUUUGGCUAAAUGAGUACCAUUUAGUUUUCCUUGGUAUGUAAAAUUGCAGCGAAAUCGUUAAAAAGAGCUUUCAGUGUUCACAAGCCGGUCCCCUCUGCACUUCCUGCUGCCUGUUGCAGUCCUCUUAACCAGUGAGGAACCCUCCACCCCAGCCCAAUGCUGCUAAGAGUAAUUGGACCACCACUGCAGACAAAUCUUGGAGCAUGAGAAACGGAUGCUUUAAAGCACUAUUCCUAGAAUAAGUACUUAAAAUGUUGCCCUCAGAGGCAGAGUUGUGAAGCUUCCAUCGGUUAAUCACAUUUGCAGAGUUUAACUUGGUUUUUGCAUAAUCUCACAAUGAAGUUGUUCUAGCCAUGGGAAGGAACAAAAAAGAGAACGUUACAGAGCAGUAAAAAACCCAAUCCUGGAAAACCUUUUUCAGCCACUUCUUUGCCUUCUAAGGUUGUAGCAGCCGUUGCCCAUAAACCAAGAAGCGUAUUUUUUACUCAUCAGGAGCUAGAAACUUACUUUUUAAAAGCUGUUUCUGGGAAGCCUAAUUCUGUCUCCAAAAUUACUGACCUCUUAUAACAUUGGGCAGCACACACAAGAAACCUUAAUGUUGCUUCUGUACAUUGUUCAUAGAAUUUUGAAAGUGUGAUGGUAUUUUUAAGGUGUCUUCACUCACUUAGAGAGAUUUGACUCCUUAUCUUAAAGUGAAAUCUAGGAAAUGAGAAGCAGGGGCACAGGUGUAUUGCCAUCCGGGCAGGGAAAUUGAGGCAAAACAGGGGCUAUGUGUCAGGGAAGCUAUAACGGAGAACAGGCCGAGCGUGUGGCUGGCUAACAUUGUUUCUGACAUCCCUGCUCUUUCCCAUUCUAGGGGAACCUGGUCCACUGGGCUGCCCAAACGAAACGAAGCCAAGACUGGUGCAGAUACCACGGCAGCCGGCCCACUCUUCCAGCAGCGCCCCUACCCAAGCCCUGGUGCAGUUUUGCGCGCUAAUGCAGAAGCUUCGCGGGCCAAGCAGCAGGACUGAGAUGCUCAUUUUUCCCUUCCCUAAUGUAUUUGAUAAUAAAGCUAGAGGAAAACAAGUGCUGCAAGUGGCUAUGCUGUGUAUCGUAAUAACGGAACUCGCUGUGCACAGAAGAUACUCCAUCCAGGGAGCUGGGGGAAGCUGCAGCCUUUCAGGCAUUGGGAGUCCAGCUCUUGCCAGUGUGGUGUAGUGGUUCAGAGCGGUAGACUCGUAAUCUGGUGAACUGGGUUCGAUUCCUUGCUCCUCCACAUGCAGCUGCUGGGUGACCUUGGGCCAGUCACACUUCUUUGAAGUCUCUCAGCCUCACUCACCUCACAGAGUGUUUGUUGUGGGGGAGGAAGGGAAAGGAGAUUUGUUAGCCGCCUUGAGACUCCUUAGGGUAGUGAUAAAGCGGGAUAUCAAAUCCAAACUCUUCUUCUUCUUCCGUCAGCAUGGCCAAUUGCCAUCUGGGAUGAGGGGAGCUGUGGCCCAGCAAUCUCUAGAAGGCUACAAGUUCCCAAUCCCCGCUCUAUGGCAAUAUCUGUCUCUCCUGUGUUGGGCCAGCAGGGGCAGCACUGCAUUGCAAGUGAACACAGAAAGGAUACUCUCCUGUUCUGCUGUACUCCUUCGCUGCUUUCUUGAGGCAUUGGGUCCGCUGUGUCUGACUCAACUUCCUCUUGUAAUGUUUGAAGUCUACAAAAAGCAGCUGUGAUGUCAUCAGGCCCCAGGAGUGGCUUUCUAUACCUGUAGGGAGCUACAGGUCUAGAAAGACACCUGUUUACCUGUCUGUAAGCCUUCUAGAGUUGUCGGUGUCUCUGCCAUGCUUUUCUCACUGCUGUAUAAGAGCACCAUGGGAACACUGUCCCAUAAGGAAAAUAACUUCUGCCAUCUCCUCAAGCUGAUCCCAUCCUUUACGUUGGUCAGGAAGGGUUGGAGAACUCAAGGCAGCAGAGCCCAGCUUCAGCCACACCAUGUAUCACCUUGACGUGUUCCAGGUAGAAAAUGUACAUCACAAAAGCCAUAUCCAUUUGCCCAGAGCCAGCAGCCAUGGCAUGGAGCAAUUUGUAAAUGACAACUCCACAUCUAGUUUGUUUGCUUACAAAUAUGUAUUAGUUUCUACAAUAUUAAAGAAGUGUUGG